AUAUCAGUCCUUUGUCACGCAAGUUCUGUAUCCGAAGAAAACUGGAACAUGAGCGAUGACCUUCCUCUUGCAGAAGCUGCAUGAGAGGUGUCUAUAAAGCUAUGGUCCUAAGAGACUACAGACUCCAUUCUUAAAAUUUCGCAAAUCGUAGCUCCCUAAACCCAUUCCAUGACAAAGAACACUAACCGCAGUAACGAUAGCGAAGAUGACCUCAGGGGAGACUGUACAAGUUCUAAUUAUCGGAGCUGGUGCCACUGGCUUGCUUAUCGCGCAGGGUCUGAAGCGGGCUAAUAUAUCUGUCGCGGUUUUUGAACAACAUAGUCUCGAAAAAUACAUCGAACGGGCUGGUGUCUGGAGUAUGGCACUGCACUGGGCGACACCCAAUGUAGAGGCUUGUCUGCCUCCAGAGCUCUUCGCUAGACUGAAUGAAGCACAAACAGAUCCAUGGGCUGUGCUGUCCGAUGGAGAUGCAAGAACGAUACCGCUCAUGAACGGCAAAACAGGGGAGCUCUUGACUUACGUCAAAGCCGAGGGACCAAGGAGAGUUCAAAGGGGACGAUUACGCGACUUAUUCGGAACAGGGUUGGACAUUCAAUUCGGCAUGAAACUGGACAGCGUCUCCGUCGAAGGUGAUACAGUGACAGCUACGUUCAAUGAUGGCGUUGAAGUCCGAAGAGGACGCUACCUUGUGGGCGCAGACGGGCCGAGAAGCAAAGUCCGCAGUUUGAUCGUACCUGUAGGCGCAAGCGAGUUGCAUCCCGCCCCUGUUACUAUUCUCAAUUUUGCCUGCUCUUUCGACGCUAAGAAAGCUCGCUACCUUCGCAGCAAGAUUCAUCCAAUCGCAACGUUGGCACCUCAUCCCGACCAGAACACCUACUUCUUCAUAACGCUCGCUGAUGUCCCCGAUGCUGACAAGCCAGAGGGCUGGCUCUUUUCGAUAUCCCUGUCGAUUUGGAACGAAGGUCAACAACCCGAGACAUAUGAAGAACGGUCCCGACUAUUCAAGCAGCUAGCAGCCAACUAUUGCGAGCCCUGGAAAUAUCUAGCAGAGUGGGUCGGGGAUGAUGUUAAGAUUCCUCUAGAUCGUUUUGCUACCUGGAAGAAUAUUCAGCCCUGGAAGAACUACGAUGGAAGGAUCACAAUUGCUGGGGAUACUGCGCACCCCAUGGUUCCUUACCGUGCCCAGGGUCUUAACAACGCACUCGAAGACGCUGGAAGAUAUGUCCAAGCAAUCACCGAGGUUAUCAAUGCGAACAAGGAUCCUGCUACUGUUGUUAGAUCGUAUAAUGCAGACGUUCACAAACGUGGUAAAGAUGAUAUUAGCGGCUCUGACGAGCAAAUUUACGCUUGCCAUCACUGGGAGGCUCUUUCACAUGCCCCGCUACUAACAGAUGGUUUUACUAAGCGCAAGUAAUAGAGGCUGUUGUCAAAUGAUAGAAUCGUCAAUGAUACUUAAUGCACUGUUGUUGUAAGGCGUAACUGUAGGCAAUAGUGCUUGCUUCAUGUUACUAAGGAUAGUAAGUGUAACGAGGACUUAAGGCACACGUCCCUUGAAGGAACAGAGUACGCGCUAAACCUGCUUAUAAGGCGCGCCUCGCUCUACAGAG